UACAUGUGAUUGUAUAUACUGUACUUAAGUAGCGUUCCACUCAUUUGCUCUUGAAAUCAUUUCAUUCUUGUUGUUUAUCAAAUGUUAAACAAGGACAAAUGAUAUAACUUAUACGUAAUAUACUCACGUAUGUAUAUAUACUACAUACGCAUCAAGCGUUGCGAGCGUCAAAAGUGGAGCACACCAUUCUGUGAUAGAAAUCUGUGGAUCUAAUAUCUAUGUUUAAAGAGGAAAAAGUGCCUCAUUGUAGUCGAUUCAUUGUAUUAAUAUGAAAUCUUGAAAAGAUGUUGAACGCUGUACCGCAAUAUUAUAACUAUCGUACAAGACAUAUCGUAAAACUAUGUCGAUUAUUUGGCAUGGAAACAACUAAACUGAAAAACAAUCAAAAACUUCAUGAUGUAAUUGGUCCUCCUGAUCCAGUUUCAAAUCUAAGACCUGUUGUAUUUGCCAGCCGCUCAAAAGAAACAUACUUAGAAAAGAGUUAUAGAGAGCUUAGAGAAGAGACACAACAAUGGAAUCAGAUAUUUUGGUCCAAGCAUAAUACUAAUUUUAUUGAGGAACGUAAACAAUUUCAACAAACGUUAAAGGCACAAGGAAAGGAAACAUUAACUGCAGAUGACAUGUCAAUAUUUUAUAAACAAUUUUUAGAUAAAAAUUGGAAAUCUCAUUUCAAUUAUAACAUUGCAUGGUAUAAAAGAAAUAUAAAAAUUUUAUUUUUUGGAAUAGCAGCAAAAAUAUCUAAGCUUAAAUUUAAAUAAAUUUGUACAAUUAAAUUGACAUUUAUAUAAGUAAACAUUUCUAACUAAAUAUAUUGUAUUAUAUAUUGUACAAAUACUGAAAUUAAAAUAUUAUAUUUAUCAAAAAAA